AUGGAUGGGAUGACGACGACGACGACGACGACGCGGGCGACGAAGCCGGUGCCCGCGCCGAGACGCUCGGUCGUGGACGCUUCGGCGACGGCGACGGGGGCGACGGCGACGCAGCCGCCGCUGCGACGGUUGGAGUUCGUGCGAGAGGCGACGGAGCGAUCGUUGAAGUACGUGACGACGCACGCGGCGACGCGGGCGGCGAGCGAGACGUACGCGCGGGCGAGAGACGCGACGGCGCUCAAGUCGUCGUUGACGAAGAUCGAAACGAUGAUCGCGCAUUACGGGACGCCGAUGGCGCAGAAAGUGGUCUCGGCGUACCCGAACGCGCUCGCGACGGCGGACGCGGGGGUGGACAAGGCGGUGGCGAUGAUCGAGGCGACGUACGACGCGCGGGUGAAAAACUCGGCGCCGAUGCACGCGGUGAACGCGGCGUGCGCGUACGCGAUCAAGGCGAAGGAAAAGUACCCGGAAAACAUUGAAAACCUCAAGGCGGCUCGGGCUGAGUACUUGUCGAAGAUUGAGCGCGCGGCGGACGACCUCAGGCGGCGCGCGGUCAAGGUGCCCGAGGAGGCGAUGACGACGCUCAAGUCCGCGAUCACUCAAGCUCGCGAGGCGCUGGAUUCUGAUAAGCUCUUCGCUCGCGUGAAGCUUCUGUGGGAGCAAAUCAUCUCCAACCCCACCGUCGUGGCCGUGGUCAAGCGGGCGACGCCGGUGGCGGAAGCCGUCCUGGCGCAACCCGUCGUCAAGCGCGCGGUGGACAUCGCGACCCCGUACGCGGUCAAGGCGGUGGACAUCGCGACGCCGUACGCCACGGCGAUCGGUAAGCGCGUCCUUCCCAAGGCUGCCAUCACCGCGUGA